AACAACACGCCGGUCUGAGCAUGGUGUGGAAGUCUUGGGUGCUUGCCGUUUGUCGUGUUGUGGUGACCGUGCUCGUUCUCCUGCAUGCAACACCAGUAGAUUCCAGCUUCUGCCAAAUGUGUCCCACAGAUUCACAGCCCCUCCUCAAAACUAAGCAACAUAUUGUAUGGAUAAAACAGGCUGUUCGGAAACUCUACAUGUCCUACUUGACUCACAUGGGCUUGCUGAAAGAUGCACACAUCCUUUGCCAAACAACACCAGUUCCUUCGUUCCCAAACAGCAAUAUCACUAGGAAACCAGAGAGUGUGAUGCUUCAGGAGCUAUACAGGACUCUGCUGUAUAUGGAGGAGUCCCUUGCACUCAUCACAGAGCAGCAGAAGAGGCUGAUUGGCCCAGAUGAGCCAUUGCAUGGCCAAUUGAAAAAAGCUUUGAAGUCAGUUACAGGCCUCCUCUCCAACACUCACUGUGCCAUCUGCCUGCAGGGGCUGACCCCAGCUGACAUCAUUCUCCCAAAGAGAUCCACAGACCUUCCAGCCAUCCAGCAAAAGAUUGAAGGAUGCCGUGUGCUUUGGAGCUACUCGGAGUUCACCGGCGGCUUGGCAAAGGCCUUCAAAAAGCAGCUACUUAGAGGGAAAAGGCCAGAGGGUCAGAAAAAGAGAAACAGGCGAAGGCAGACUGCAACUUUCUGAUUGACUCAUCAAAAGAGUUCUUUUUGA